ACCGCACUAUACGCAACCAGCCGUGCGCGCAGAUAUCUCUCUCCUAUCGCUCGUUCGCCUGUAUAAAAAAACGAACAACCUCAUAGCUGCGCUCUCCGCCUCUGCAUUAGAGGACAUCGGUCCGGAAGGCAAGAACCUCGAGGACGACCCUGACCGUGAGCAACUCCAAACGUCGUGCCGCGAUAGAAAGGGAACCUCCUCUCUCUCUCUCUCUCUCUCUCUCUCUCUCUCUCUCUCUCUCUCCUUCUGCUUAUUCUUCUUCUUCUUCCUCUUCCUCGCUCGUUCUUCUCUCACUCCCUCCACGCGAGCGCGCAUACGUUUGUCGCUCUGUGUACAAUGUACAUAAUACCAUACAGCCGGCCGCAUCACAGUGUCUCUUGGCGGCGCGUGGGAGAAAGAGCCGAGAUCUCGCGAUCGCUCGAAAUUCCUCGAGGGAUGCGGAGCCGCCCCCGUUGUGGAUUUGGAAAAUUCGCCUGCCGAUGUGAAGUGAGGGAGGACAAGUGUGUGAUGUGUAGUUCGCGGUUGCUGUGGUGCUGCUUCGUCGACGUUUGAUACACAAGCUGCAGCGCCGAAUAUCUACGCACAUCGUCGGUAUAGGUUGGGCCUUUUUAUCGAUGCACUGCAGGCAGGAGCCGCAAUAAAACUCGCCGCAGUCGCGCGUACACGACUGCGCGCACGAUAAGAAGAUGCACAGCCGAAAACCGGAGCCGCGCUCGCUAUUACGGAGUAUAAGUCGCACCUUCGCUUUCCACUACUGCCUCGUCUAGUCUGCUUUUUCAGUGCGGAGAACAUCGCGAUGCAGCGAAUCUCGAAAUUGUACCUGUCACUGGCGAACCGAGCAGUGGCAUCGUCCCUCGCAGAGAUGCCGGACUGCCGAGGUUUGCCGGUGAUCGGUACCAUCAGCUCGUUGGUGCAAUCGGAUCGGGGUAAAUGUCUGCACGAGUACAUCGACAAGAUGCACAGGAGACACGGGCCGAUGUUCCGAGGGAGGGUCGGACCCACUAAAGCCAUCUUCGUCAGCUCGACGGAUGCCAUCAGAGAAGUCUUCAGGCUGGAGGGACCCACGCCACAACACUUCGUACCCGAGGCUUGGCUGCUCUACAACAAGCUGAAGGACAGGGAGAGGGGCUUGCUGUUCAUGGACGGCCAGGAGUGGCUGCACUACAGGCGGAUACUGAAUAAAAUGAUGCUGGCUCCAGACUCGGCCAAGUCGAUGAGCAAACCGUGCCAGGAAGCUGCGAUGGAUCUCGUUGAAAAAUGGAAGGGUUACAGGAAUAACGAGCGAAUCGUGCCGGAUCUCGAGAACCAGUUGUACCAGUGGUCGAUCGAAGUCCUCCUAGCAACACUAGUCGGUUCAGCCUGGCCCUCCUAUCGCAGGAGCAUCCUGAACGAGCUGGGAAUCCUCUCGUGCAGCCUCAGCCGAAUCUUCGAGUACUCGGUGCAUCUGUCGAGCGUCCCGGCUCGUCUGGCGAUGCUGUUACGGAUGCCCUCCUGGACAGGUUUCGUAACGGCGGCCGACUACGCCCUGGACACCGUCGGCCGCUUCGUCGAGGAGAUGGAGAAACUUGAGAACGCCGAAGACGGCCUCCUCGGAGCGAUGCUGCGAAACGGCAUCGACAGCGAGAUGCUCAAACGGAUCUGCGUCGACCUCAUCCUCGCGGCCGGUGACACUACAGCUUACUCGAUGCAGUGGCUUCUGUACCUGAUGGCCAGCAACCCGUCCGCCCAAGAAGCCAUCCGUCAGUCUCUUCUCGAGCUCGACGAAGCGGAAGUACUUCGCAACGCUCUUCUCAAGGGUGCCAUCAAGGAGUCGCUACGGCUCUACCCAACCGCGCCGUUUCUCACGCGAAUCCUACCGCAAGACACUCUUCUCGCCGGCUAUCCCGCUUGCAAGGGCGAGUUGGUGGUCAUCUCGCUUUACUCGUGCGGCAGAGACGAGGCCAACUUUCCGAGAGCCGACGAGUUUCUUCCGCAGAGAUGGCUGAGAAGCGAGAAAGGAGAAUUCCAAGGGGUGAUCAAUCCGAAUGCCACGCUGCCUUUCGCUAUGGGCGCGAGGAGCUGUAUUGGAAGGAAACUCGCCGAAGUGCAAAUGUCACUCACCAUGGCCGAGCUGCUGAGGAACUUCAAGAUCGACUGCGUGAAUAAAAAUAAAGUCCGGAUGAAGCUGAGAAUGAUUUCCGCGCCAUCGGAACCGUUGCAGCUUCAGCUUACGCCCUGGAGUCGAUGAUGAUGGUUCAAUUCGAUUGUUAGUAUUGGAAGUUGUACAUACGUGCCUCGAGGGAACUGACGAUUUUUUAAUGUUUUUAAACGCAGCGUGAACUCGAUUUUAUACACUCUAUAUAUAUAUUGUAUAAUUAACAUUUUUUGAGGUGCAUUUAUAAGAGUACCUACGUAUAGUUAUACACUGCAGCUAGUUCAAAUUAGUUGUACAUUAUAUACCUGUGUCACUAAUUUAUUGUGUAAUUUUAAGUUUUCAAUGAAACUAUACCAUCGAUACAAUAAUGUAUGUUAACAGUCUGAUUAGCGACUAUAACGCGUGCAAUACAUCGGAAAGGAAUUCAAUGAAAACAAAUAUAUUAAUAUUCGAAUCGUUUACUUAUAUAUCGCUUGUAUAAUACAAUUUCAGGUAAAUAGAAAAAUUAUCUUAAAAUCGCAACGUAAAAAUGCAGAAAAAUUUAAUCUUUUUUAUUUAUAUAUGUAUAUAUGUGUACCGCUAAAACAAGGAAAAUUGCUGUCCCUAAUACGAUUUUGGUAAACGUAUUAGAGAAAUUUCUAUUGUUUAAAAUUCUAUGAAUUGUUAUUAUUAUUGUUAUUAUCAUCAUUAUUAUUAUUGUGUAUAUAAAACGACGCCCUUAAAAAUUACAUAAUACAACAUUUUAGAAACAAGUUUUUAUCCAAUCUUUAAGCUCAUUUUGCAAUAACAAUCCAGAGGGUCUUGCCCAGUAAUAAAAGUACCCGAAGAUAUAUCCGAUAUAUCUUUUUAUCGAGCGUAAGGUGAUUGCUAAUCUCACAUUGGAGUUAUUAUUUACACGAUUGGUUUGAGCUACGAUUCACAAUAAGAAAAAAAGUUUCUGGGUCCUUAUUUUGAUGAAAAUUUACCGAAAUUUUAAUCUAAAAACUAUUUUUGAUCUUUUCUUCAAAACUGCAACAAUAAUUCAUCGCGAUUCGUAGAUCAUUAAAACAAAAAUGUUAUAUAACUAUUGGACUUUAAAAGUCGCAUAAUAUUUAAAUUUAAAAGCAUCUCAUAAAAAUUAUGCAUAAUGAUUACGGUAUUGCUUGGAGAGAAAAUCACGUAAAACAUAUAUGCGAUCUUAGAUGGCAACCAAGUUUCGAAUGUUUAAAAUUAGACCAAAUAACUCUUAUACGUAUUUUAAUUGCGUCAUGUAUACGUUCGUAAUAAGAAUUUCAUUUUUUCUAAUCUGCAAAUGAAUUUUAGUUUUACAUCAAUGUACAUCAAUAUAUAUAUAUGUAUAAAAUUACGGUUUUUAACUCAAAUAAUACAUAUGUAUUUGAUUAUAAUAGAUAACAGCCUCAACGCAAUAUGAAUUAAUAAAAAUAAUCCAUUUUUAGUUAAUAAGAUGUAAAGUAUUAACAGCUAUAGUGAUCAAUAUGACUUGAAAGACCAUAAACGAACAUGAAAUUAAAAAUAAAACUGGUUGCAUAAGAAGGAUAAACAUUGAACACACUCUUUUUAAAUGCUCAUUAGUUAUGUUAGAGUAAGAGAGAUAUAGCUCGAACCAUGUAAUACAAGAAUUUUAUAUUCAAAAGUUUCUUCUCGUAUAUUUUUAUACACAAUUAUAGCAAUAUUUGUAAAAAUUCUUAAAUUGAACUGAAAAUAAAUAUGAUGUCUAUU